AAGGCGUCUUUCACGCGCGCGCGCCAUUCGGCGUCUGUAGUAACGAACUUGCGACUAGUUCCCGUUCCGUUUAUCAUAUCUCAUGCGUUGAAGUUCGGUGAAAUACUAAUCCUGUCCUCAUCUCAGCUGGGUUUCCGAUGUCCGAUUAAUCUGGGCAAGCUCUGUAGAGGGAUUUGAAGCGAAAAUAUCGCGUGGCACUCUGAUCGAAGGGACGAAGUUUACGUGUGAACUUUGAAAAUGGAUCGAUUCACAAGCGGUUUGCCAAACAAGGGAUAUAAUCAUGAUCUAGGAGGACGAAAAAGGGUUCAACUACCAAUGGAGCAUAGUAAAGGCGUAUCACCAGGAAUACCAUACAGCCACACAAACCCAUACCAUAGCACCCCAAAGUUUAAGCCAACAUCACUAUCUACAACAGUAGCAUCUUCCACAUUUAAGCCACGAACAACCAGCAGCAGCUAUUAUCCCCCGACGUCCAUGGCUACGCUAAGAGCUAGCCGUAGUAAAUCACCUGUCAGAAGCACUAGCCCUAUUUUGGGAAGAUCAAGCAGUCCUAGCCGACGGGGAGGCAGUCCUUCAAGAAUCCUUAACUCUUCGCCUUUAUCUCCCUCAAAGCAGGUUGUUGAUGGGGACAAUGACACUGUUCAAAGACAAAGAAGAGAACUGCAACUGUUAAUUGGAGAACUUAAAGACAGAGACAGGGAAUUGAAUGACAUGGUUCAAGCACAUCAGAAACAGAUAGUGGCGUGGGAAGAUGACAGGCAACGGGUUUUCUCACUGGAAAAAAGAUGUUCGAGACUGGAAAGUGAACUGAAAGGAAAAGCAGAACAAGUCAAAUCUCUUCAUAGCAGGUUAAAAGCUGCUGAGUCUGAAGAGCAAAGUAAAAUCAAGGAGCUGGAAGAAGCACAGGUUCAGUUGCACCAAUUCUCUGAGCAGGCAAACACAUCACUGCACCAAGUCCAGGAUCUGGAGGAGAAAAAUAACAGUUUAACAAAUACCAUGCGAGAACUUUCAAACACCAUAGGUCAGCUACAGGCUAAAGAGCAAGAACUUUCAACUAGACUGAAAUUAAAGGACAAUGACAUUAUGGAAGCUAAUGUCAGAUUAGGAGAGAUGCAGCAGAAGAUAAGGAGACUAGAAGCUCUAUGUCAGGACUUCAAGAAAGAACACAGCUCAUUGAAGAAUGAGAGAGACCACUGGAAAGAUCAAGCCCUUGCCAACAAAAAUGAGAUAGAAAAACUGAGAGGAGAUAUCAGCAAACAGUUCAGUGAUGCAGAUGAGAUUCAAUCAGAAUUAGGAAAGACAAAGCAAGAAAUGUUAGCUUUACAGAAAGAACUUUUCUUAUCUGGCGAGAGAGAGAAAAGAAAGGACCAGUUACUGGACCUGCAGAAAUCCAAGCAAGAAAGAACAGAUUCUGAGCUUCAAAGUCUGAGACAGAUUUGUGAGAGACAACAGCGAGAUAUCUCUUAUAUGCAAAUGCAGCUUCAAAACAACCAUGACAUGUUUAAAGCUGACAGCGAUGCUGAUGCUGGUUACCAAGACAAACCCAUGAAUGGUUACUAUGGUGACCAGACAAGUUAUCCACCAAAUUCCGACUUUGAUAACCAGGAUGUUGUCUCUACCAAAUCACUGGAUUUUGAUGGUAACCUUUCUUGCAUGUACUCAGCAGAUAAUGAUGACUAUUCGCCAUCUUCAUACAAGCCUGAUCGACUUUUAAACCUAAGUGUGCCUAAUGAUUAUGAUGACGACUUCAAUACUUACCUCACAGGCCCAACUGGGGAAACACCUGCACCAAACUUUGCCGCCCUUGGCAGUGACUUUGGCGAGGACUUGGAAAGCAUAUCCCAAGAUACAAUUCCGAAUGUACCCCAAGUGACAGACAGACAGUUCCCCAUGAGUUCUAUCAGCGAACCAUUUCCAAGCUCUCGUGCCCAGACUUUCUAUGAUGGCCCAAUUACAAAGUCAGACACCUACCCACCUAUUGCCGGCCUGUCAUUGUCGGGAGGCGUCCGUCCCGAAGCAGACACCAGUGGAAGUUACCUGCAGUAUCCUAGCAGUGUAGGCAUGACCAGGCCUGUUAAUGGGUACAAUCCAUAUACGACUGCAGUAUCACAAGCACCUGCAGAUGAUUCCUCCCCAACUAGUAAAUUACAUCGACUGCUUGCAGAAUCCAGACAAAUGGUUCAAAAUCUCGAGCAGACCUCCAGCCUCCCCAUAACCGCCAGCCCUGCCUCACAGGAACCUGGAUCAGGACAUGACCAAUAUACUCCGCCGCAGAGGCACCACCAGAGCCCCCUCACCAGCCACGCCCUAACUAGCUCCGCCAACUAACUGGUGCACCUUCCACAGAUAUUCCAUCGCUUACCAGCCAUGAUUGUAGCAUGGGUUUUUUUAACCCUUCUAUUCUUUCUUGCACCUACAACAAUCCCUAUGGAAUCUCCCAAAGCAGGGAGAUGCAGCUAAAACUUGGAGUCUCUAUGCUCUGUUUUAUAUGCAAUUAGAUUUGAUAUUUGAAGCAUUUCAGAAUCUUUUACAAAGUCAAAAGAAGACAAAACACUUAUAUUAUUUUUAUACAAAGGUUUUAUUGGUGAUCAAAAGUUGGCCACUUGGGUGUCAAAAUAAGGCAAAUGAUACCCUUAUUUGGGAUAAUUGCCUUAUUUGGGAUUAUGUCCUUAUUUAGGAUAAUGACCUUAUUUGGGAUAAUGACCUAAUUUGGGAUAAUGACCUAAUUUGGGAUUAUGUCCUUAUUUGGGAUAAUUGCCUUAUUUGGGAUUAUGUCCUUAUUUGGUAUGAUGACCUAAUUUGGGAUAUUCCUUGAAGGAUGAUUUUAAGUUUGUGUAACAAUUAGAGAUGUAUAAUAAUAUCUAGCUGAUUGACAGUUUUACCAUCGAACGCAUGCAAUCAUAGAUGUAUUUAGUGUGGGGUUUUAUCUAGUUCCUUACUAUUUAAUACGUGUUGAAGGGAACAGCAAAGUUUUAAGAAUCGCUUCUGCAUGAUCUCACCUAUUAUACCUCGAUAGCUUUAAUUAUAGUUAGAUGAAAACCUUUUAAUGAUUGUAAAAACAAAUAGAUUAACAAGUAGAUAGUAAAUUGAAAGUCCUACACCCAUCAAUUUUUAGUAUUUAUUGAGUUGUACACUGAUUAGUAUAAAAAAAUAACUGAUGUAAAAAAUGUGGUACAGUAAUCAGGAAAACCCUGUUGCAUUCAGGGAUCAAUAAACCUGAUAAAUUA